AUGUCAAAAACCGCAAGUCGCCCUGACUGGGCCGAUGAUGUUUCGGACUCGGAGCAGAUCAACGAUCCCACAGCGCUACCGCCGCCAGUGACGACGGUGAACAAGGACGGAACCAAGACGACCAUCCUAUACCGGCUCGACGACCAAGGUCGCAAGGUCAAGGUGACUCGCAAGACGCGGACGGUGGUGCACAAGGAACGCGUGAACCCAGUGGUGGCAGAGCGGCGGGAAUGGUCCAAGUUCGGGCUUGAAAAGAACAAGCCCAAAGGGCCACAGCCGGACACGACGUCGGUGGGCGAGAACAUUGUGUUCCGACCCAGCCGUGACUGGAAGAAUGUGCAGGCCGAAGAGGCCAAGUCGGGGGGCGGCAAGGCCGAGGAAAAGAGUCUCAAGGAGCAGCUGCGCGACAAGAAGGUCAAGUGUCGAAUCUGUCAGGGAGAGCAUUUCACCGCUCGAUGUCCCUUCAAGGACACUAUGGCCCCGGCCGACGAAGGUGCCACCCCGGUGGCGGAUCCCAUGGCCGACGACGAAGAGAAGGCCGCAGGUGGCCUUGGUGCCGGUGGUUCCAGCUACGUGCCGCCGCAUAUGAGAAAGGGCGCCGCAGGUGCCGGCGAGAGAAUGGGUGGCAAAUUCGAGAGGGACGAUCUGGCUACGUUGCGCGUCACAAACGUGUCUGAAAUGGCCGAGGAGCAGGAACUGCGUGAUCUCUUCGAACGCUUCGGCCGCGUCACCCGUGUUUUCCUCGCCAAAGACAGGGACACCGGCCGGGCAAAGGGCUUCGCCUUUAUUUCUUUUGUCGACAGAGCCGAUGCCGCCAGGGCUUGUGAGAAGAUGGAUGGCUUUGGUUACAGGCAUUUGAUUCUGAGAGUCGAGUUUGCCAAGAGGACUACCUAG